AUGGCUUUGGUAGGAGACUUGGAGUUCUUCUCGCAGGAAUUCGGAUGGCCUACUGCGAACAGCAAUAAUUUGUGUCCUUACUGCAAGUGUGACAACCUUUUCAAAGAUGCAGAUGCUGUCGCCCCGUUCAAUGACUUCAGAGCAAGUGCUGAGUGGAGAAAGCAACCCAGAGAACCAAGAGAAAAUGAUCACCCUUUGUUUAAAGUUCCAGGGAUCAAUUUUUGGUCCCCGAAACUUGAUGUGUUGCACAUGCUAGACCUUGGAGUCAGUUCGCAUUUGUAUGGAAACUUGAUCAACGACAUCUUGGAGGACCACCUACCUGGGAGCUUCGCUGCAUCCAUUGGAGCUUUGAACUCAAGAAUCCAGGAGCUGUACGAGAGUCAGUCGACCCCAGCUGCUGCCAGAAUCCCGAAGUUGAGCAAAGGGAACAUUCAAAGUCAGACUGGGUACCCGUGCUUGAGCCAUGUGAAAGGGCGACGAAUACGAGAGUUCUCGAGUGUGGCUGUGGGGUUGGCAGACUUGUACAAGGAUACAGUGGCAGGAAAGCAUCGUCUUGAAGCAGUGAAGGCCAUGGACGAGAUUUACGAGCUGUGUGACUGCCAGAAGUAUCGCUUUGACAGAAAGGAGCACAGAAGCAUGGAGAAGGCGAUUGACAGAUUGCUCCUGCACUACACUUUCUUGAGCAGAGAUGCUUUCAACAGAGGAAAGAAGAGGUACAGUGUCACCCAGAAGUUCCACUUGAUGGCACAUUUUCAUGUUCAGUGUAAAUGGAUGGCACCCAGACUUGCUUGGACCUAUGGCCCUGAGAGUUUCAUGUCGGUGUGCAAGAAAAUCGCUGCUUCAUGUGAUAGAGGAACGCCGAGCUACCAGAUUCCACUGAAGAUUUGUGGAAAAUUCGCCUUAGCUUACGAGCUCCUGCUGCGAGGAUGGCUGAAUCUGGAUGAAGAUGAGGAGUGA